AUGGCUGGUAGAGGACCAAUAUCACUAGAGGAGCUCAUAGAGAAGAAGAAGAACGAAGGAAGACUGGAUACACCCAAGUUCUUGUCCAAGAAAGAGAGACAACAGAUUGCUUUAGAGAAGAGACAGAAUAAAGUUGAUCAAUUACAACAAACCAGUAGACCUAGUUCAAAUUCAAAUUCAAAUUCAAACUCUCAUGAUAUAAGGAAAGACACUAAUAACAAUAACAAUUUUGAAGAUGAAUUCUCAAAAAAUUAUCAAAAAGAACUGGAAAGAGCUAAAUCUAGUAGGAAAAAAUUCAAAUUUGAUUGGAAAGAAGAUGAAGAUACAUUCAAUAACGAAAAUUCAUUAAUUUCAAUGUAUUCAAAUCCUAUAAUAACCAAGAGGAAACCCGAUGAUUUAGAACUUAUCUCAACCAGGAAAAAAACCAAACAAAAUUGGGAUGAUAUUCAUUGGACUGCAAAACCUUUAGAACAAAUGAAAUCAAGAGAUUGGAGAAUCCUGAAAGAAGAUUAUGAAAUUAUAAUAAAAGGUUCAAACUUACCAAACCCUUUAAGAAAUUGGAGAGAAUCUAAAAUCCCUUUAGAAUUACUUGAUAUAAUUCAUAAAUUAGGUUAUAAAGAACCAACACCAAUUCAAAGAGCUUCAAUUCCAAUUUCGUUAUCUAAAAAAGAUAUUAUUGGUAUUGCAGAAACUGGUUCAGGUAAAACUUUAGCUUAUUUAAUCCCCAUGUUAUCAAAAUUAUUAAAAUUACCAAGAUUAAAUGAAUUUUCAAAAGCAGAUGGUCCUUAUGGAUUAAUUCUUGUACCUACAAGAGAAUUAGCUCAACAAAUUGAAAUUGAAUUUAAAAAAUUUAGCAAAUUCCUACCAUCAAUUGAUAUAAUUUCACUUGUUGGUGGUAAAUUAAUUGAAAAAAAUAUUUUGGAUUUACAAAAUAAAACAAUUGAAAUUAUAAUUGCAACACCGGGGAGAUUAAUUGAUUGUUUAGAAAGACAUAUAUUAGUAUUAAAUCAAAUUCAAUUUUUAGUUUUAGAUGAAUCUGAUAAAAUGAUUGAAAUGAAUUUUGGUGAUCAAGUUGCUAAAAUUACUGAAUUUAUGAAUUUAAAAAGACAAAAUAUGAUGUUUACUGCAACAAUGACUUUAGAAGUUGAAAAAUUAUCAAAAAAUUAUGUUAAUGACCCAGCAAUUAUAAAUAUUGGUAAUGUAAAUUCAAAUGAAAUGAUUAUAAAUGAUCGAAUUGAACAAAAAUUUGAAUUUUUCAAUAAUUCUAAUAAUAUAAAUGAAAUUGAUUCUAAAAAAAUUUCAAAAUUAAUUAAAAUUUUAUCUGGGAAUAAAUAUAAAUCACCAAUUAUAAUUUUUAUAAAUUAUAAAGAAACUGGUGAUUUUAUUUUUAAAAAACUUUCAGAUCAAGGUUUUAAAGUUUCAAUUAUUCAUGGUUCAAAAAAUCAAGAACAAAGAGAAUUUGCUAUAAAACAAUUAAAAGAUGGUAAAGUUGAUAUAUUAAUUGGUACAAAUGUUGCAAGUCGUGGUAUUGAUAUUCCAAAUGUUUCAUUAGUUUUAAAUUUCCAAAUGACUAAGAAAAUUGAUGAUUAUAUUCAUAGAGUUGGUAGAACUGGUAGAGCAGGUUCUUAUGGUACUUCAAUUACUUUCCUUAAUGAUGAAUCAGAUUUUGAAAUUUAUAAUGAUUUAAAAAAAAUUUUAAUUAAAAGUGGGAAUAAAAUUCCUGAUGAAUUUAAAAAAUUAAAUAAUAAUAUGAAAAGUAUUGUAUAG